AUGCAGUACAGACUCAUCCUUGCUUCAGCCCUACUCACCACGGCCUACGCCGUUCCUCACCCGGAAAUCACACAAGCACCUGCCGUCCCUCAACGACGAGACUUGUGGGACCAAAUCGGCAGCGACUUUGGCGCCGUGGGCACCGACAUUGGAAAUGCCUUCAGCGAUCUUGGUGGACAAUUAGGUUCCGAUUUUGGCAGCAUCGGGGGUUCAAUCACUUCUGGCUGGGACUCCUUCACCCACUUAAUCGCUACACAUACUAGCGCGGCAGCAUCAGACUACAGCAAAUGGGCCAGCGACGCUUCCAGUCUUGCCAGCGAUGCCCAUGUACAAGCCACUUCGUGGGCUGCCGUAGCCGCAACUGAGACAAAUAGUGCUUCUGCCUCAAUCGCAUCUCAAUUUGCUUCAGAUGCCUCAAUUAUUGCAGACAAUGAGAGCAGUGCCGCUUCAUCUUUGGCGUCGCUUGCUUCCAACACCGGCGCCGUUGUCACAGGUACUUCUACUGUGACGGGCGCCACUACCCUGACCAACUCCGCUGGUUCUGCUACUUCUACCAGCUCUUUCACUUCGACUCAGACCGGGACUACUACUACUGCUACCUCCACUUCGACUCACUCUGGGGCUACUGCUGCCUCUACUUCUACUUUCACUGGUGCCGCUGCUGCAGCCCCCACUGGGUUGGGUAUGGGACUUGCUGGCAUUGCCGGUCUUGUCGGUGUUGUUGCCGUUGCUUUGUAA